GUUUUGCGCAGAAAUAUCGUAGCUGCUGCUGCAACUCGAGCAGAGAAUUACAGGACCAUUAGGCUUCGAUAACCUUCUCAGUCUUCACAGCUCUCGCACAGCCUCUCCUGGCAACUUACGAAUACUGACGCAAAGGGUCGUGACCAUGGCAACCGCUACUUCGACACCGUCGCUGCCACCCCCCUUUGAUCGUACUCUUCCCGAAGAGCUCGAACUCAUAACCCAAGGCGCAGAAGCGCGUCUGUAUCGCACGCCAUUCCUCACUCGUACCCAACACUGUGCGUUGAAAUAUCGUCCCCGCAAAACGUACAGGCACCCCACUCUUGACGCCCGCCUCACCAAGCAACGCAUUCUCGCAGAAGCGCGCGUCCUUGUGAGAUGUCGCAAAGAAGGGCUACGUGUUCCGGCAGUUUUGGGUGUCGACUGGGAGGAGGGAUGGCUGGGAAUGGAAUGGAUAACGGGUCGGACGGUCAGACAAUGCUUGGAUGAAGUUCUGAAGGACUGCCAUUCCGCGGAGGAAGUGGAGUCCAACUCAGCGAUAUGGGAGUUGAUGGGCAAAGUGGGCAAGACUGUUGGCAAGCUGCAUGAAAUCGGCGUAGUACAUGGCGAUUUGACAACAAGCAACCUUAUGGUGAGGAAUGAGGAGUCAGCGGAACAGGCCGCAGCACAGAACCUACGGGGUGAGAUCGUCAUUAUUGACUUUGGACUGGCAUUACAAACAGUUCAGGAUGAAGACCGUGCAGUGGAUUUGUACGUUCUAGAGAGAGCUUUUGGAAGCACGCACCCGCAGGCUGAAGGGCUGUUCAAGGAGGUGUUGCGAGUGUACGGGGAGAGCUACAAAAGUGCGAAGUCGGUUCUCAGAAGACUGGACGACGUGAGACUGAGAGGGAGGAAAAAGAGCAUGAUAGGCUGAUGCCUUUGACUUCUUGAUUGAACUGCGCACUUGAAUAAAAGAGAUACCCAUGGCUAGAUCUAUAAUCUACUGUCUUCACCGAGCAA